AUGACUGCGCGUGCCCUUAAGAGGGAACGGCUCCCUCGGCUGUACAAAGAUGUCCUUUCCAAGAAGCCAAAGGAGUAUUGGGACUACGAGAAGAUGAUAGUCAAAUGGGGAAAUCUGGAGCACUACGAGGUUACACAGAAGAUCGGGCGGGGAAAGUACAGUGAAGUUUUCACCGGCUACCAUGUGCCCACGAACAAGAAAUGCGUGAUCAAGAUCCUGAAGCCAGUGAAAAAGAAGAAGAUCAAGCGUGAAAUCAAGAUUCUUCAAAACGUCAGCAAGGGACCCAACAUUGUGGCAUUGCUGGACAUCGUCCGCGACCCGCUGACAAAAACACCCUGCCUCGUUUUCGAGCACAUUAACAACACGGACUGGAAGACACCUGCCAACUUUUGA